CAUUUUAGAGACCCGAGUCGAGAGAGAAUGUUUGAUUUUCUUAAUAAGAAGUUAAAUUUUAAAGUUCUAGAUCGAGCAUAAGGCCCAAUAAUCCACGAGCCCCAAGCCAUACCCAAGUUGGAAAAUGUACCCUCCGCACCACACUCAAAUUUAUAUUAUCCUGCUUCUCAUCCUGGUUACGACGUCAAACUCUGCGAACGAAAGAUCUGCCGAGAAAGGACGUUACUUCGCGCCAUGGGUCGUAUUCCCACCAACAGCACCCACCCGACACCAGUUGAUCACCGGCAUCGGCAUUCCUCUAGGAACGGUUGAAUCCGUUAUCAGUGGAUGGGUUUUGAAGGCCCAAUAUUUCCUGCCGACGUCAACCAAUGAUCUACAUCCUGUCUUCUUUGAGGGCUGGAACGACAGCCGUAGAGCUGUUGAGAAAAGAGAAGCUAUCAAUGUCACACCGGUGGAAAACAUGGAAACCCAUCAAGCCGAUACCGUCAAUAUCGAUUCGGAUUCCUCAGCGAGGGAAGAUGAUGAUCUGUUCGAUGAUACCGAUGACUAUUGGGCGACGUUGGACGACGAACAGCAUCUGCGUGACGCUGAUCAACGGGUUCAGUCGACAAAUAAAUACCCUGAAGGAUACAAUACGGAGCGAUCUCGUUGGACCACCUACAAGGCCUUGGAUCAAAUCGGAGCCAUCUACGGUGCUGGAGGGCGGGGAUGUGUGUUGCGGAGCAUCUGUGAGGCAGCUAGUGCCGAGUUCACCCACACCGGUGGAGUAUUUGCUGAGCUGCUGCACAUUCUAUUUACGCCAUCUACCACAACGGAGCCCCUAUCGGAUCACAGUGAUAACGAGUACUACCGAGCGGAACAAUUAGGAAAGGAUGGAGCCCCGUGCCAUUUAGUGUUUUGCGAAUGUCAGAACUCCCUUUUGGAUAUAUUUACCGGCGUCCAUGAUACGGAAACAAAUGUUUUAAGAGUGAUGCAUGACAAACUGGUAAAGCGGUCUGUAUGAUCAGGAAUACACCCAUCCACUUUAAAUAGUAUUAUCAAGGUGUAUUGU